AUGUUUUACUCUUGGACAAAACAAAACGUGCCCAAUGUGAAAUUCAUUUACCGAGGAGACGAUGACAAUUUUCUUAAUCCACUUGGAGUGAUGAAAUUUCUCGAAAAACAUUGGGACGAAGCAAAUGCAGAAGCUGCACUUUGGGGUGGAGUUAUUCAGGGAAUGCCCUCCGUUAUUAGCGACACGACGAAAUUAGAUGAAAUCAUGGAGGAAAGAAGGACUGAUGUAUGGCCAGAAGAAGUAUAUCCGAAGUAUGCAUCUGGUUCUGGUCAUAUUAUGAACCGAAAUGCUCUCUUCGUUUUGGAAGGACAAAUGCAGCUCAAUCCGUUGAUAUCUAUUGAUGAUGCUUUUAUUGGCAUUUCUGGGUUAGAAGAUAGAAUUUUCGAUGUCAAUGAAUUUCACCCGUGGGGAAUCAAGUUUGAAAACGGAAAUGAUUUUUGCACUAUUGUUAAUGCAAUCUCCAUUCAUUACCCAAAAUUUGAUUACGAAUGCAUGCUUUCGAAGAUCCUCAAAUACGCGGAAAAAUGCGAAAAGAUGAACUUCACGAGGCCAGAGAUAUUUCUUUCAGUUGUCCCUGGUAUCUACAGAAAAAUCAUUAUCAAUGAGGAACAAGCUGAAUACGUCUCUAAAGAGCUUUCGAAUGAAAAGCCAAUUUACAAGCUCGUUUAUGGCGAAUUCAACUCUGAGGAAAUGGGAUGGCACAUUCAAAUGCUUCAAAAUGACAGCUACAUUCCGAUUAAUGCUUACGAUAAAAUAACUACAGCGAAUAAAUGCCCACGAAAGCUUGCCGGAUUAUAUGGACUUGACGUUUUUGUUGACUGUUUUCAUGAAAAAUACAAUUAA